GUGGAUACUCUGCUAAGAGAUCACAUUGCUGAAGACACUGAUCACAAUGAAGUGGCUAAUCCUGGUACUGGUUUAUCUCCACCUGUCAGUGGGGCUGGAGAGAAUCAUUCUGAAGAAAGGGAAAUCCAUCCGGGAGAACAUGAAGGAGAAAGGAGUGCUGGAGGAAUUUCUGAAGAAGCACAAAGUUGACCCUGCAUUGAAAUACCACCUGAAUGAAUAUAAUGUUGCUUAUGAGCCGAUAACCAAUUACUUGAAUUCCUUCUACUUUGGAGAAAUCAGUAUUGGGACUCCACCACAGAGCUUCCUGGUUCUCAUGGACACUGGUUCUUCCAAUCUAUGGGUACCUUCUACCUAUUGUAAUACUGCGGCUUGUGGUAAACAUAAUAGGUUCAAUCCUAGUCAGUCCUCUACAUACACCAACAAUGGACAGACCUACACCUUAUCCUAUGGGAGUGGUAGCUUGACUGUCAUGCUAGGCUAUGAUAAUGUGCAGGUCCAGAAUAUUGUUGUUCGUAACCAAGAGUUUGGCCUGAGUGAAAGCGAGCCCUCAAAUCCUUUCUACUAUGCCAGUUUUGAUGGGAUUAUGGGGAUGGCUUAUCCUGCCAUGGCUGUAGGGGGUUACACCGUUAUGCAGCAGAUGCUGAGACAAGGGCAGCUUUCUGAGCCCAUCUUCAGCUUCUAUUUCUCCCGUCAACCAACCGUUCAGUAUGGAGGGGAGCUGAUCUUGGGAGGUGUGGACAAUCAGCUGUUCUCUGGGCAAAUUUCCUGGGCACCUGUUACCCGUGAAUUGUAUUGGCAGAUUGGUAUUGAGGAGUUUGCCAUUGGCAGUCAGGCUACUGGAUGGUGCAGCCAAGGCUGCCAGGCAAUUGUGGAUACUGGCACGUUUCUCCUUGCUGUCCCACAGCAGUACUUUGGAAAUUUCCUGCAGGCUGUGGGAGCUCAACAGUACAAUGGCGAGUAUGUGGUGAACUGCAACAAUGUCCAGAACAUGCCCACCAUCACCUUUGUCAUUAACGGAGCCCAGUUCCCACUGCCUCCCUCUGCCUACGUUGCAAGUAACAAUGGCUAUUGCACAGUUCAGAUUGAAGCCACAUACUUGCCUUCCCCAACUGGGCAGCCUCUAUGGAUCCUGGGUGACGUCUUCCUCAAGGAGUAUUAUUCAGUCUAUGAUAUGGCCAACAACAGGGUGGGCUUUGCACCAUCAGCCUAGACAGGGCUGUGAAGCUCAUUUCCUUUUCAGUCUAAUGCUGCUGUUCCCUUGGACUCUGAUAGAAUCAUUCUAAAUUAAGUUUGUUCAAAGCAAAUUCCAGAUUUCUUUAUUUUCUAUAGACUGUCUGCCCCAGCUUGUAUAUAAUCAAUUUUCUUGAGAUCCAUUGUGACAGAGAAAUAAAUUCUAGUAUGCCAAACUUUA